ACGUUCGUCACGUUUCGAGUUAUUAUACGACGAGAUUAGUCGAUGUGUCAAUAUUUGAAAGUUAGUGUAUAACGACGCGUCGUAUAAGGAUGAAUCCUGUUACGCGAUGUGGGACGCUAUUCCCACUGAAGAAACUGGGUCACAGCGCAGUUAUGUAUUCCGUGAAUUGUUCACUUGGUGAUAUUUAAUUAACAGAAUUAGUUCGCUCGUUUUGCUAGUGUAUUCUAUCGGUGAUGGGUACUGAUAUCUGUUCUCGAUGUUGUUUGUAGUUUUUCAGUUUGAUUUAUUUGAGUAAUUGCUUGCACUUUCCUGUGUAAUCUGCAUUUCUAUAGUAGAUGUAACGUUGAACGUUGGUACACGUGCUUGAUGUACUACUAGUGACACCUUACGAGCAUGCUUGUAUUAUUAUCUACGUUCUACGUUUCAUUCAUGUAAUCGAUAUAGUAAACGAAUAGACAAAUAUGAACAAGGAAAAAAUUCGCUUCAUACCUAGCUGCUUAAACGCAAACUGAUAAAAAUUCAUUUCUGAUUCGUCUGAGUGUAAAUAUAUAAAGUGCCAUGUAAUUAAAAAUUAAGGAUAUUCUGUUUGAGAAUGGCACUGUUGAAAAAUAAAUUAUUAAACACGGUGAUAGAGCCGGUUGCCACGGGAAAAAACAAAGUCACCGUGGUCGGCGUUGGCCAAGUCGGUAUGGCUUGUGCUUUCAGCAUCUUAACAGACAAUGUUUCGAGCGACUUGGUGCUCGUGGAUGUAAUGGCGGAUAAGCUAAAGGGAGAGAUGAUGGAUUUGCAACACGGUAGUGCGUUCUUGAAAAACGCGAAGAUCAACGCCAGUACCGAUUACUCUGCCACAGCGAAUUCUAGUUUGUGCGUUGUGACCGCCGGUGCUCGUCAAAGGGAAGGCGAGACGAGGCUGGAUCUUGUUCAAAGAAACACAGAUAUCUUCAAAGGCAUCAUUCCGCAGCUGGUCAAAUAUAGCCCGGACACGAUUCUUUUAAUCGUCUCGAACCCCGUAGACAUUUUGACGUACGUGGCGUGGAAGCUUUCAGGCCUACCAAAGAACCGAGUGAUUGGAAGUGGAACUAAUUUGGACUCCGCCCGAUUCCGCUUCCUUUUGUCGCAGAGAUUGAACGUCGCACCUACAUCCUGCCACGGCUGGAUUAUCGGAGAGCAUGGCGAUACGAGUGUACCCGUAUGGUCUGGAGUGAACGUUGCUGGCGUCAGGUUGCGCGACCUCAACGAAAACGUUGGUACGGACAAAGACACCGAAAAUUGGGGUGAACUGCACAAACAGGUUGUAGAUAGCGCAUACGAGGUGAUCAAGCUAAAGGGUUACACAUCGUGGGCUAUUGGUUUGAGCGUUGCGAAUCUCGCGUCUGCUAUAUUGCGAAACUCCAACCAAGUUCACGCCGUAUCUACCAUGGUUACCGGAUACCACGGAAUCAAGAAGGACGUGUUCUUGUCUCUGCCUUGCACCUUGGGUGAAGGUGGUGUCUCGUGCGUUGUUCAACAGAAGUUAACAGAGGGCGAGACUGCUCUUCUGCACCAGUCGGCCGAUAUGAUGCACGACGUGCAAAAGGACUUGAAAUUUUAAAUAAUUCGUUUCGUUUUGCGCAUUGAAAUAACUCUUUCUCCUAAACAAAGGGAAUCAAUCAUCUUGUAACUCAAUGUCGUGUGUGUUUAUGCACUCAAAGUAUUGAUUCUUGACAAGCACCUUUGGUUUCUACUUACAGUUUAUUACUUAAGUUCAUGUGGCCAAUACUUAAGUGCUAUUAAAAAUAUUUAAAUUUUAUUUAUAUGUAUGAACACGCCAAAAACACGCUCUGAUUCGAUGAAUGAUAUAAAUGAUUCAGCAGUUAGAAUAAUCUUUUGUAUAAAGAAAAUGUGUUCGCGUGACCACGAAGUAUUAAUUACUGUUGUAUCGAUAUUUAACAUUCACAACAGAUUUUAUUGCAUUCAGUUGGUUUAAUACGACAUUAUAUAUUAUAACGUACUAAUUAUAUUAUUAUCAUGUAUAAGUUAUAUGAUACAAUAAUUCUACGAUGUAUGUAUGUAAUUAUGAUUUGACGCAAGACAAGAUACUUAAUCGAUAAGUCGAAGUACAAAUAUGUACGAUAAACAAUUAUCAGCCACGAUACGACAAUCAGACAGAACUUGAAAUAGAAAUUUAAAUUGAUUCGUAA